AUGGUGUCUGGAGAACUUCUACAAAUGACAAGUAGUUUUAUGGACAAUGGUGAACUUUUUAAGGGUAUAAAUCCAACUUAUAUUGUAUUGAUCCCUAAAGAGUCAGUUAUAGCUGUGUUAUCAAACAUUCACCUUAUUAGUUUACCAACCAGUCUGUAUAAGUUUGUGGCAAAAGUUUUAGCAGGGAAGCUGAAGAAGGUUUUGGAUUUUGUCAUUUCAGGUCAUCAAUAUGCUUUUAUCCAAAACCGGUUAAUUUAUGAUAGUGUGCUCGUAGCUCAAGAGUGUAUCCAUUCGAGGGACACAAGUGGGGAGCCUGGAGUGAUUAUUAAGUUAGAUAUGGAAAAGGCCUAUAACAAGGUUGAAUGA